AAUCAUCAUGUCGCUCUGUCUCUCUCACUCUCUUUCAUUUUCUCCCUUCCUCAUUUUCUUCUCUCUCUUAUCUUUCAUACUCGCCCACUCACUCAAACAACUUUUUGCUUUCAUUUUUCAUGAUACUCAUUAUCGUCAAGAUCAUUCUCAUCUGAUUCCAAUCACCAAGUUUGUUUCCCUCAUCAUUGUGAUAUGAGUAUAAUGUGAGAUUCAAUUUAUUGUGAAUCAUAUUCCUGUUACAAUUGUAGUUGCAUUUAAUUAGUUUUGUUUUGUUUUUAUUUGUGCUCCAAAAACAAAAGUGUAUCAAACAAUCAACCAACAGAAAAAGUCUUAGCGGAAACUAAAGUUGUUUAUGACAAUCACUAUUAUGCCAUUAUCACAGCAUUUAAAUGAUUUUAGUGAUAAAUUUUUCAAUUUUCUCGUCUUUUCCAGUGGAAGUCGUUCAAAUAAAACGUUUCGUCCAAAAAAGACGAUACCUGAAGGAACCCAUCAAUAUGAUCUAAUGAAACACGCUGCGGCCACUUUAGGCUCAGGGAAUUUACGAUUAGCUGUGAUGCUACCGGAAGGAGAAGAUCUAAAUGAAUGGAUUGCCGUUAAUAUCGUUGACUUUUUCAAUCAAAUCAAUAUGCUUUAUGGAACAAUCACCGAAUUCUGUACGGAAGAACGUUGUCCCGUCAUGUCAGCUGGACCUAAAUACGAAUACCAUUGGGCCGAUGGUCAAACAGUUAAAAAGCCGAUCAAAUGUUCGGCACCCAAAUACAUUGAUUACCUAAUGACUUGGGUCCAAGAUCAAUUAGAUGAUGAAUCACUUUUUCCCUCUAAAAUAGGUGUGCCGUUUCCUAAAAUCUUUUUAUCCUCAGCAAAGACCAUAUUGAAACGCCUGUUCCGUGUUUAUGCUCAUAUUUAUCAUCAGCAUUUUGAAGAGGUGUUCAGAUUAGGAGAGGAGGCUCAUCUCAACACAAGCUUCAAGCAUUUCAUUUUCUUUGUCCAAGAGUUUAAUCUGAUUGAGAAAAGAGAAUUAGCUCCAUUACAAGAGUUAAUUGACACUCUCUCCUCCAAAGACAGUCAACAUAAACACCAUCAUUCAAAAUAGUAACAACAAUAAUAAUAUGUGAUAUAUUAUUAUUUUUCUCUCCAUCCUUUGCAUCCACUUUCACGUUCUACAAAACAAACAAUUACUAUUAAAUCUUAUAAAUAUAUAUAUGAAACAGAGACAAACAAAUAAACAACUAAAAAAAAAAGUUCUAUAUGUAUGGAAGAAACUGUGAUCCAUUUUGAUCCAUUUUGGUUUCCGAAAUGUCGACGUUAAAUUAUUUGUGCUUGAUAAAUUGUCAAUUUAUAAAAUUCAUGUUGUAUUGGUCCAUGAAAAGUUAUUAAAAACAAAAAGUUAUAUUAUAUGA